AUGGCCUACGCGCAAGAGUCUACCCCAGUAGGCAGAAAAACAGAAGGCUCCCGUGGAGGAAGGCCCACAGGCGAUCCUCCCGAGCUAUCAGCUAUAUCAUCUUCCCCAACGGGACAGCCAGAUUCCGAGGACGAUGGGGGAAUGGCUAUGGUCGUGGAUACCGCAUGCGGUGAUGCGGGAGUACCGCGGAUCGGUACGAUCACGUUGAGCGCAAAGGCUCGCGGCAAGAUGCGAGCCACGACGCCACGAUCCUGGGAGCAACAACAGGCUCAGGCUUCCGCCAGUGGUCAGGCACAUGCGAUGACCUCGUUGGCGGAGUUCUCCGCCCGCAACAUGGCAACUCUGACCACUCCAAAAUCAGAGGCCGACAAGGCCGAUGUCAACGCUUGGUUGCAUGAGCAGGUGGGGGCGUCCUCUCAAGGCGGAUUCAAUUAUGACGCCGUAGAGCUUCCCCCCUCACGGCCGUCGUCUAGCCUCUUCAUAGGUACACGGCUUACGACGCUUAACCCCUAUGCUCCGAGUGACAGUGGGAGUAUGGUGUAUGCUUCAGCGAUGGAGUCACACCCUGUUGUUGACACGAACCUCAAUGACACACCCGAGGAGGCGGUAACCCCCCCCGCUCGCGGUCGCUCGGAGACAGUUCGAGAGGCUUCACACUCCGGCAACCUGGCCAAUGGCAUGCGUGCCCACAAUGACGAAGGUUCUAUCCAGCAAGCGACGAGUAGUCCCAGUCGGAGCUGUGGCCUCAACUCGGUACAGAUGGAAUCCGCGGGUACGCCCUCCGCACAGGGAGGAGAAGCAGGAGAUGCGUUGUUUAGUGAUGGCAUCCCGAACUCGCACACGGGAACCGCUAUGGUGAGCUCUCGUAAAAAUUCCCGAGAUGAAAGCCACGUUGACCGGUUGAGUCAGGGACGUGGCGGAGACGCUAUAUUGGAAGAAAUGGCGCAUCUCAGAGGCGAGGUUCUGAAGCUCAGAGAGGAGCUUCAAGCGGUCAAGACCCUUCUGGACGUUCGAUCGCCCGCUGGAGGCAGUGUGGAGCACGGCGCAGAUAGCGACAGAGGCGCUGGACGCCCGGUCGAGCCCGCGUCUACCCAUACCGAUCCGACGAUUCCAGUAGAGACCCCAGGAGCUCCGAAAGUCGAAGUUCGACGCCAAGGCCAAGUGGUCACCGUCGUAUUCCACUGA